GUGUUGGCCACACGCGCGCUGCACAAGAUGCUGGUGUACAUUACAGUGAGGGACUGCUGAAGUCUGUUACGGAGUAGGCUACUCAAGAAAACUAUUCUUUUCGACAUGGAGAUCACCGAUUCCACUUGUAUGGAGCACCUGGUGAAGGAGCUGAGUUUGCUUCUCAAGCUGCUGGAGAACGAGAGCGUGAGUUCAGCCACGGCAGAGAAGAUGAGUGUGGUCAGAAACUUGGUCAAACAGCUGCAGCCAUCCGUGAAUGGAUCUGACUUUAUAUACAUGAACACGUCUCUCUAUGGAAAUGGUACCAGCUUUGUUGAAUCAUUGUUUGAAGAAUUUGACUGUGACCUGCAGGAUCUCAGGGACUCGCCCGAAGAGAUGAAAGAUGUGGAGCAAGACGAGGCAUCCAAGCACCCGCCCACAAAAUCGAGUCCCACAGACACACCUCCCCUUCCUACCACACCUCCUCCUGAUGAUUACUAUGAAGAAGCCGUCCCGCUCGGAAUGGGCACAACGCCCCAGUAUAUAACUACUCGCAGUAACUCCAGCCCUCCAGACUCAAUAGAGGAUGCUUAUUAUGAAGAUGCUGACAACAAUUACCCAACAACUCGACUGAACGGGGCCAGCAAAAACUCCUACAAUGAUUCAGAUGCACUCAGCAGUUCUUAUGAGUCCUACGAUGAAGAGGAUGAGGAAGCUAAAGGCAGAGAGAGGGCACACCAGUGGCCUACAGAGGAGAGUCCAGAUGGUCAAAUGAAAGACUGCCGCAAAUGUGCAUUCCUGCUUCGCAAGAAACGCUUCGGUCAAUGGGCUAAGCAGCUAACAAUAAUUCGCGAGAACAGACUUCAGUGCUUCAAGAAUCCCAAAGAUCGUUCUCCACACGUUGACCUCCCCCUGAAUCUCUGCAAUGUCAUCUACGUGCCUAAAGAUGGACGCCGCAAGAAGCACGAGCUUCGUUUCUCCAUGCCGGGGGGAGAGGCGCUAGUGCUGGCUGUACAGAGCAAAGAACAGGCCGAGAGCUGGCUCAAGGUCAUUCAGGAAGUAAGUAACUUGGCAAACAGCAUUAAUGGAAAAGAGAGUUCAUCCUCUCCAAUGAUACUGCGAAAACUAGAGCUGGAUAAGAUGAUGUCACCAGAUAAACAUACUUCUGAUUCUGACAGCGCAGCCAAUGGAGACGUCACCCGUGAGAUCUGUGAGAACGGGAAGGGCAAAAAAGGGACAUUCUCUGAGCUGACUGGAUCUAUGAGUCGAGCCGCUGGCAGGAAAAUCAACCGCAUCAUCAGUUUCUCCAAGAAGAAGCCGCCCCUGCCGGGCGAAACCAGCACGCUUUCCCACCUGGAUGACAAUCCCCGUUGUGGUUACUUGAAUGUCCUGGUCAACCAGUGUUGGAAGGAGCGCUGGUGUUGUGUGAGAAAUGGGACUCUGUAUCUCCAUAAGGACAGAGGGGACAUUCACACCCAUGUUAGUGCAUUAGCCCUCAAUGGUGUAGACGUCUUACCCGGUCUUGGACCCAAACAUCCUUUUGCCUUCCGCAUCAUGCGAGCGAGCGCAGAAAUAGCCGCCCUGGAGGCGAGCUGUUCUGUGGAGAUGGGCCGCUGGCUGGGGGUUUUGUUGGCUGAAGCAGGCAGCGCUACCACCCCUGAGGCAUUGCAUUAUGACUAUGUGGAUGUGGACACCAUCAGCAGCAUCCAGAGCGCAGCACGACACUCUUUUCUGUGGGCGACCUCCUCUAGCAGCACCUCCACAGAUCCACGGACUUAUGACGAAGUUCCCUAUGAAAGCGUGUUGGUAGAUGAAAAUCAGUCUAAACUGAAGCGUUAUUCCUCUAUGUCCAGUAUGGACACAGCCAAAAAGAGGGUGGUGAAGGAAGAGCUGAAAAAGGCGACUGAUAAACAGCAGAAAGCCAUGGAGCAGCAUCUGGCCCAGCUGGAGGAAAGCUGCCGUCAGAAGGAAGCUGAGCGAGUGGACCUGGAGCUGCGACUUACGGAGGUGAAGGACAAACUGAAGAAGUCUCUGACUGGAGGAAUGCUGGGGGCGCCUGUGGAAGGCAAACCCACCAUUAAGGUUCCAGGCAAAAAAAAGGAAGAUAUUUACAAUGGUGCCACUGUGCCGGUCAAUUGUGCUUCUGAAAUGAAGAAACGCCCCCCGUCGAUAUAUGCAUCCACCAAAGGAAAUGUCAUGCAGAAAGCCAAGGAAUGGGAGUCAAAGAAAGUGAAGUAAUUAUAAAAUUGUCAUCAGAGGAGUCUGAGGAUCUGUGGCUUUGGUUGGCGUGUUAAAGGAAUAGUUCACCCAAGAAUAAAAAUAUGCUAAACUUUUACUCUCAGACCA